AUUCCAUUUAUUGACAUUAUGUUCAAAGUUUAAUUAGAUUAUGCUAAAAUUAACCAUCAUGUACAGAACACUUGCUGAGAAAGUGAUCGCGACAAACUAUUUAUACAUAGAAAAUCCUAAACAUUGGCGAAGUCAGAAUAUUAUUGCACAUGGACUUACAAGGGCCGACCGAACAGAAACCCUCAGUGUUCAACCGGCUCGAUUCCUAUGUUGGUAAGAGCCGAGUAGGGAAAUGGUUCAAGCUAGCAGAGCGAAAGACGACCUUCACAACCGAGCUGCGGGCCGGGACUGCCACGUUCCUCACCAUGGCCUACAUCCUUGCUGUGAAUGCAAGCAUCCUCACCGACUCAGGCGGCACUUGCACCGUCGCUAAUUGCACCUCCCUCUGCUCUGACCCCAGCAUUCCCUUAGCCAGCUGCACGGGUCCCUCCCUAUGGAUCAAACCUCCUGAUGAGUCGUGCAAGUACCCACCUGUGAACCAGGGCUACACAAGCUGCCUCGAGAAGACGCGUAAGGACAUGAUCGUGGCCACUGCGGCAUCGUCCCUCAUUGGUUGUCUCAUCAUGGGCCUCUUCGCAAACCUCCCACUGGGCCUAGCGCCGGGAAUGGGCACAAAUGCUUACUUCACCUACACCGUGGUUGGGUUCCACGGGUCGGGAAAGGUGCCCUACAAGAGUGCCCUCGCGGCAAUAUGCAUUGAGGGCUUGAUCUUCCUCUUCGUGUCAGCAGUUGGGCUACGGGCCAAGCUUGCCAAUCUUGUACCCGAGCCGGUCCAGGUCUCGUCUUCAGCAGGCAUUGGGUUAUUCCUGGCAUUCAUCGGACUGCAAAAGAACCAGGGGAUUGGGUUAAUUGGGUUUAGCCCAUCAACGCUUGUAACGCUCGGUGGCUGCCCAAGGUCUUCCCGGGUUAGGGUAGCCCCCGUUACUAACGGCACCGACGCGUUCGUCCCUAGUGGAAUCAUUUCGGAGGAGAUCUACUGCUUGAAUAACCGCAUGGAGAGCCCGACGCUUUGGCUUGGGAUCAUUGGUUUCAUAAUAAUUGCGUACUUCCUGGUGAAAAACAUUAAGGGUGCCAUGAUAUACGGCAUCGUCUUUGUAACGGUCAUCUCAUGGUUCCACGACACCUCAGUCACAUCAUUUCCAGACACGGAACUCGGGAACUCGUCCUAUCGUUACUUCAAAAAAAUCGUGGAUGUCCAUGGGAUCAAGACCACGGCGGGCGCCUUGAGCUUCAAGGACAUCGGGACAAGGUACUUCUGGGAAGCCCUGGCGACAUUCCUGUACGUGGACAUACUCGAUACCACGGGAACGUUGUACUCCAUGGCCAGGUUUGCUGGUUUCACGGACCUUAAUGGCGAAUUCGAGGGCCAGUACUUUGCAUUUAUGUCCGAUGCUGCAUCGAUCGUGGUGGGAUCCCUGCUCGGGACUUCACCCGUGACCGCUUUCGUCGAGUCGUCGACCGGGAUAAAGGAGGGCGGACGGACCGGGUUGACCGCAUUGACCGUGGCGGGGUACUUUUUUCUGGCGUUCUUCUUCACACCGUUGCUGGCCUCGAUUCCUCCGUGGGCGGUGGGGCCACCGUUGAUCUUGGUCGGGGUUAUGAUGUUGAGAUCUGUGGUUGAGAUUGAGUGGAAUGAUAUGAGGCAGGCAAUUCCCGCAUUCAUCACAAUAAUUCUCAUGCCAUUGACAUAUUCCAUAGCUUACGGAUUGAUUGGAGGGAUUGGAACUUACAUUGUAUUGCAUAUUUGGGACUGGGGAAUGGAAUUAUUGGGUAAUUAUAGAAUUGGAAUUGGGAAAAGAUGCAAACAGGAUAAUGACAAUUAUAGCAUUAGGGGAAUUAGUGAUAAAAUUGUUCAAGUGUAGAGAGAGAGGGAGGGGAAAGAACAUAAAAUUGCCGAUAAUAAUGUUAUUUACUAUUAUUAUCA